GGACUGUGUGCGAGUCUGGUAUAAUUUGGCAUCCUGAGAGUCUGUCUUAGGAAGAAGGAAGUGGAAAAUACCCUUGAAAAAAAGAAAGCUAAGACAAAAAGGAAGCCAGACUUACUUUUAUAUGGUCAACUGCUCACUUACCAAUAUGGAUACUUUUCCCACUAUUUUUCCUCCUGGUGGAGACAGCGGGGUGACAAAUUCUCAAUCUGAGUUCCAAAAAAUGUUAAUUGACGAAAGGUUACGAUGUGCACAUCAUAAAACUAACUAUCAGACUCUUAAAGCUGAACACACAAGAUUGCAAGAUGAGUACAUAAAGUCACGACAUGAGCUAAAGCGCCUGUUAAAUGAAAAGCAGACUGACCAGGAAAAAUUUCAGCUGCUGCUUGAAGAACUAAGAGGGGAAUUAGUAGAGAAAACUAAAGACUUAGAAGAAAUGAAACUGCAGGUAUUAACUCCACAAAAGUUGGAAUUGUUACAAGCCCAAAUACAACAAGAAUUAGAAACUCCAAUGAGAGAACGUUUUAGGAAUCUGGAUGAAGAAGUGGAAAAGUAUAGAACUGAAUAUAAUAAGCUUCGCUAUGAACAUACAUUUCUCAAAUCAGAAUUUGAACACCGGAAAGAAGAAUUUGCACGUAUUUUAGAAGAAGAAAAAAUAAAAUAUGAAUCAGCGAUUGCAAACCUGGAGAAAGAUAAAGAAGAACUACUUAAUCAACUGCUUAAGGUUGAUCCCCCAGGAGAAAGCAAACGAACGGAGCUACUUGCUCGAGAGAAUGUCCAUUUGUGUCAGAAAUUAAAAGGUUUAGAGGCUGAAGUAGCAGAAUUAAGGGCUGAAAAAGAGAAUUCUGGUGCUCAGGUAGAAAAUGCCCAAAGAAUUCAGGUGCGGCAGUUGGCUGAGAUGCAGGCUACAGUCAGAUCCCUGGAGGCUGAAAAGCAGUCAGCUAAACUACAGGCUGAACGCUUGGAAAAAGAGCUACAAUCAAGCAGUGAACAAAAUACUGUUCUAAUCAGUAAAUUGCAUAAAGCUGAGCGGGAAAUAAAUACGUUGACCAGUAAAGUAAAAGAACUUAAACAUUCAAACAAACUAGAAAUAACAGACAUCAAACUGGAGGCAGCAAGAGCUAAGAGUGAGCUAGAAAGAGAAAGGAAUAAGAUUCAGAGUGAACUGGAUGGAUUACAGUCAGACAAUGAAAUUCUCAAGUCGGCUGUUGAACACCACAAAGCUCUCCUAGUAGAAAAGGAUCGUGAAUUAAUACGUAAAGUACAAGCUGCCAAGGAAGAAGGUUAUCAAAAACUUGUGGUAUUACAAGAUGAAAAGAUAGAACUUGAGAACAGAUUAGCGGAUUUAGAGAAAAUGAAAGUGGAACAUGAUGUCUGGAGGCAAUCUGAAAAGGAUCAGUGUGAAGAGAAAUUGCGGGCUUCACAGAUGGCAGAAGAGUUGGCCAGAAGGGAACUUCAGAGUAUUAGGUUAAAACUUCAACAACAAAUUGUGAAUAUUGAAAAUGCAGAGAAAGAAAAAAAUGAAAAUUCUGACCUGAAACAGCAAAUCAGUAGUUUGCAGAUCCAAGUGACCUCGCUUGCACAGUCAAAGAAUGAGUUGCUGAAUUCAAACCAAAUGCUGAAGGAAAUGGUGGAGAGGUUAAAACAAGAAUGCCGAAAUUUAAGAAGCCAAGCUGAAAAAGCACAACUAGAAGUUGAAAGGACUUUGGAAGAGAAACAGAUACAGUGGUUGGAAGAAAAGCAUAAGCUUCAGGAACGUAUCACUGACAGAGAAGAAAAGUAUAAUCAAGCUAAAGAAAAACUGCAGCGAGCUGCAAUUGCCCAGAAAAAGAGAAAAUCUCUUCAUGAAAACAAAUUGAAGAGACUGCAGGAGAAAGUAGAAGUCUUAGAGGCAAAGAGAGAAGAAUUAGAAACAGAAAAUCAGGUGUUAAAUAGGAAUUCUGCUGGAAUAACUUCACGUCAACAAGGCACAGCUCAAGUCUGCCAAAUUAAGUGGAAUGUUCAUUAUCCAGAAGUCUUCAGGAUCAAAAAGUCCAGAUACUGAGGAGCAAAAAGAAUUUGAGGAGCAAAAAGAAUUUCAUUUUCGAAGACAAAUUCACAGCAAAAAGAAUUUCAUUUUCGAAGACAAAUUCACAUUUAAAUCCUGCUAUCCCAUACAAUGUUGGUAAAAAGAUUUUAAGGAAUAUAUGAUCAAUGUUUUAUUUGCUACUUGAAAAAAUGUCUUUCCUUAAUCUGGGAUUUGGAACACCAAGGGUAAAAGGUGCCACAAGGAAGGUUGAGAGUUGCCAAUUACAUUUUUUACUUUUGAUUUAAUAGAAGGAAAACACAGUGGUAUUAAAAUUGGUCAUGAGCAGCAAAAAUUCAGGAAUAAAACAAUAAAAAGACUACAGUUACAAUAUAACUGGAUAGGGAAUUCUUUAAAAAAAAAGGUAUGAAUAAAAUGGGUAUUUUGAAUUUUUUCUCUUGUGAGGAAUACUUUCAAAAAGUACAUAGUAAGACUAAGAUACCAAGUUGUAUACUAAUAUUUUUCAGGCCUUGGGCCUCAAAUAUAUAUAUUCAU